UCUUCUUCGAGACUCGAUUCGUGACUACUGUCGUUGCUUUAAGUAGUUCUCUCUCUUCGCUAGCUCCACUCCAAUUAGCGGCCGCGAUGGUCGACGACAAAGUAGAGCCCUCGAUUGCGACGGACAGCGGCGGUGGUGGGCCCAAGCCACUCCUCCGCCCUCGUCGUGAGCCCUUCGAGCACGGUCUCCUCCCGAUCCCCAAGCUCAUCCUCUCCGAUGGAACCCUAACCCUCGGGCCGCUCGCCGACAAGCUCCUCCGGAGAUCCGUCCCUUCUCCACACCGUGUCGAUGCGCCCGCCCUCGCAGAAGCCCUCCAGAUCUCUCUCGAACACGCUGGUCUCGCCUUUGACACCCUCGCCUCCGUCCUCCACUCCGAUCCGGCUCCGGAUGGCACCGCCGACGUCCUUGACCUUGUCCUCUUCCUCUACAUCCAGUCCUACAAGCGGCUUGUUCCCCGUCCUCACAAAGACUCGGCUGCUGUCGCUGAUGUCUGGCCCUCCACCUCGGCCUUCGACGGCUACCUGUCGGCCCUCUCGCCGCUUCAGCUUGUACGAAGUAAUAGUCGCAGGUUUCCUUCACAAGCAGAUGAAGAGGCUCAUCAGUUGUCAUACAUACAGAAGCAUAUGGGAAAUAUACUUGCUCUUUUGGCGGAGACUGUUGAAGGAGAUGGCGACGAAUCUCUGGUUUUGACAAUGGAAAGAUUUGAGCACCUUGGUUUCCUCCUCCAUUUUUCUGAAGGAAUUUCUUUGACCCAAGGAGCUCCAUUUUUUGCUAAUUCAGAUCCAGACAUGCCAGCUGUUCCUGUUCCUGCCGCCCAAGUCCAUGAAUGGGUUGUUCAAAACAUAAUUGCUUCACUGGAUCACAAUGCUGAGAAGGUAGUAACAAAAGAAAAUGGCAUGCAAAAUCCUGCAGAUGUUGACGUGUAUAUGACAGAUGCAUGUGCAAGCCAUUCAAAGACCCAAAGCAGUGGCUCUCCUUCUGGGGUUGCAGUUCCUGCUAAUUCAGCAUACUCCAUAAAUGUAACUUUUGUGGAAGGUAUAUCAAAAGCUUCUGUUGUCAAGCAGCCAUGUGAUAUGAAAGGAAAUUCUAUAAAGGUGUUAAAUUGCCAUGAUUCAGUGAUUUAUAUCUUGGCACCUCUGAGGCUUGCCACAGUUUAUGGAUGUUCGGAUGCAACUAUCCUUCUUGGUGCUGUUGGUAAGUCUGUUAAAGUGGAGCACUGCGAAAGGGUACACAUCAUUGCAGCUGCGAAACGCAUGUGUAUUGCAAACUGUCGUGAGUGUGUAUUUUACUUGGGAGUCAAUCAACAACCCCUUCUUGUUGGCGAUAAUCACAAGUUACAAGUGGCGCCAUUUAAUACCUAUUAUUCACAACUGGAACAGCAUCUAGCUCAAGCUGGCAUCGACUCUAGUGUCAAUAAAUGGGACCAACCCUUGGUGCUGGGGAUGGUCGAUCCUCAUGAUCCUUUAUCUCAUCCUGCUGGAGUUUCUGACAUUCAAGCUGAGUCAGCCACAUGCAUUGACCCUGAUCAAUUUACUAAUUUUUUGAUUCCUAACUGGUUUGGAGCUGAAUCACCAGAAUGUACAAAGUACAACCCAUUUCCCUUGCCUGAAAGCUACAGAACAUCCCAGAAGAAGAAGCAUAAAAACUUGCUUGAUGUUCAACAAGCUAUCAGAGAUGCGCCAGUUGAUGAAACCCGGAAGCGAGAACUAGCAUCCGCCCUUCAUGCACAUUUUAAAGACUGGUUAUAUGCGUCCGGGAACAUUCGCCAGCUUUACUGUCUACAAGCCGAAUGAACUUGCUAUAGCAACACCAUUGUUAUGCUUUGUAAUUUCUCUGAAGCAACUGCAAGCUCUUUCCCGUCUAUUCUGAUCGGCCUACCAGACUCAAUCGUUUUAGAUCUAGGGCUUCUUGUGUUUGUGCAGUGGUAGCUGUUUUCCCCCAUGAUAUCCAUGUUUUUAUCUUGUUGCUGAAUCGUCAUCACGUUGUUAUUGUGCAUGAGAAAUAGUGAGAAGAUUGUUGGUUACUGCUGCA